CCAUAUACGCUGUUUUAGGUUGGAUUCUGUGAUUAUUUAUUGCAAUCCAACUACAUAAGUAAUUUUUAUUUAUUUAUUUAUGGCCUGUAAGAACGACCUAAAAACUAAAGUGUUAUGGAAUUGCAAUUCCAUUUUGUGCUGUUAUUCCACCUAAUUUGAUAAAAACGUCAUACGAAGAUAUGAUUACUAGCAACGAUAAAGUAAACCUAAUCCAGAGGAUUAUGUUUUAAUAUAACUGGGAAAAGAUGGCCACGGCCUAUGUAACCAGUGACGAACUCUGGCGCGAGUGUGCUAGUUGGCUGACACAAUGGGACGUCCUACGCAGUGAUCACAGAGCCAAUUGGCCUAAUGCUGGAAUUGUUGAUCUUGCCAAUACUCUUCGGGAUGGUGUAUUACUUUGUACGUUACUUAAUAAGAUAGAUCCCGGUUGCAUUGACAUGAAGGAUGUUAAUUUAAAGCCGGCAAUGGCACAGUUUUUGUGCUUGAGAAAUAUACGAUUAUUCUUAAGGACUUGCAAUGUCACUUUCGGAAUUAAGGAAUCAGAUUUGUUUGAGGAGUUGAUGCUAUUUGAUCUAACAAAUUUUCAUAAAGUGUUAUGCACCAUCUCCAAGCUGUCACUAAGUCCCAAGUCUUUGAAGAGUAAUAUACCUGGAUUUUCUGCUCAAAAUGUUCAAUCUCGUGAAGAGGAGGAUAUAUAUCAGAGUCUGAAGUCUGUUGAACCACCAACUCGGUCAGCCUUAAAUGUCGUGGAGUAUGAGGAAUAUGGUGACUAUAACAGGGGUGAGGAAAUUUACCAGGAUCUUUGUUCUUUACAGCAAGUACCACACUCGGAGUUCGUUGGGACGCAUCCACCCUUAGAAAAAAGAGACUAUGUUAUUAAAGAGCUUGUAGAAACUGAGCAUAAUUAUGUAGAAGUAUUAAAUAAACUGAAGAAGAAUUUUAUGAAACCUCUUCAAGCUCAUCUACGGCCUGAAUUACGUCCGAUCGUUUUUUGCAAAAUUAACGAACUACACGAAAUUCAUACAGGUUUCCUAAGUCAAUUGCUCAAAGUUGGUACUGAUAAAUCUGUUAGGUUAGGCGGUAUUUUUAUGGCGUGGAGAGAGAGAUUCCUGGUGUAUGGAACGUAUUGUGGUAAUUUGUCUUAUGCUUGUGCGUUAUUACAAGAUUUCUGUGAUAAAGAUGAAAUUCUUAACCAGGCUAUUAUUAAAUGUGAAAAAGAAGACAAUAAUGGGAGGUUUAAAUUGCGAGACGUUUUAUCUGUCCCAAUGCAAAGGAUACUAAAGUAUCAUUUGCUACUGGAAAAACUUAUCGAACUGACAGAUCCUAAUCAUGAAGAAUAUCAAGAAUUAAAACGAGCCAGAGAAGUUAUGCUGGAUGUGGCUGGUUACAUUAACGAAGCCGCUCGAGAUAGUGAACAUCUCGCCGUUAUAAAAAAAUUGCAGGAAAAUAUAGUGGAGUGGGACGUAUCCUCCGAAAUUAAGCUAGAAAAUUGUGGACGUCUUAUCAAAGAUGCGGAACUAAAAAUUAAAGCUCACGAUGAUCAAAAAAUUCGUAACCGCUAUGUGUUCAUAUUUGAUAAAGUUAUGAUUUUAUGUAAACAAAUUAAAGGAAAUCAAUUUGCUUAUCGCGAUAUGUUGCAUUUACCCGAAUAUCGAAUUGAAAAUUUUAAUAAUAGAGCGCUUUUAAAUCGUGAAGCUCGAUGGUCAUACCAGUGGCAUUUGGUGAAGCAUAAUCAAUCCAUUGCGUAUACUAUAUAUGCGCGUAGUAUCGAAAUUAAAGAAAAAAUGAUUAAAGCUUUAAGGGAUGCUGUGGAUAAUGUUCGUCCGGCAAGUCUAGCGAGAACCAACCACCGGUUUGAAAUGCACACAUUUAGCAAACCAGUUACUUGUAACCGUUGCUCAAAAUAUUUAAAAGGUCUUAUCUUUCAAGGAUACAGGUGCAGAGUGUGUGAUAUUGCUAUUCAUAAGGAGUGUAUUGCGACCUCUGGUCGAUGUGGCGCACCACCACCUCCUCCGCCGCACAUCUUACACAGUGAUGUUCAGCUAUCUAACAAAUUAUGGUUUGUUGGGGAAAUGGAUCGAAACGAAGCUUCGACGGCCUUAGAACAUCGUAGAAAUGGAACUUAUUUAGUUCGCAUAAGAUCACAGAGAGAUGAUCGAGAUCGUUUUGCGUUAAGUCUUAAGACAGACAACACAGUGAAACAUAUGAAAAUAUGUUGUGAUAUAACAGGGUCUGAAGAAAAAUACUUUUUAUCUUUAUCGAAGUACUUUAACAGUAUUGAAGCGUUAAUUGAAAAUUAUCAACAUUCUAGUCUGAAAGAGAAUUUUGAACGGUUGGAAGAGCACACUAAAUUAGAAUGGCCUUAUCGCCAAUUGAGGGCGGUAGCGUGUAGAGAUUUCGAUCCUCAAGAUUGCGAACAUAUUUCCUUUCGAGAAGGUCAGGAAGUAAUCGUGUUAUGUCAAGAAGGAUAUCGAAAUGGAUGGUGGAAGGGCAAAUGUGAUGAUCAGGUUGGGUACUUCCCUAGUUCGUACGUAAGAACUUUGGAUUACAUAAUUCCCGAGAUUUACUAAUAAGCAUUUUCAUCGAUGCUAGUCAGAUUUCUUGCAAUAAACAGAUUUAUAUGAAUAUUAAAAACUGCACUGGUUAUUAAAAAUAAAAUUAUUUAUAAUGUAGCGUUCCAUGAGCAUUUAGUUAAUUAAAGAAAAGUUCUAGUAUGACUUUAAUUAUAAUUAGGUGCCAUUUCGAUUUUAUCUACUGUUUUUAUUGAUUGUAUAGAUAAAUUUAUUUUUACAAAGGAAUACUAUUGUAGAUUUUUAGCUUUUUAAAUGUUUUAGUGUUAGCAUAAUUUUGGUGCUGUCUGCCGAGCUAAUUUUUCUGUGUGUAACAUUCCUUUUUUGUUAAUACCUCAACUAUUAUAUAUAAUUAAUAAAUAUACCAUGUUCAAAUUGACAACGCAUCAAUGAUGAAAUAUGAAACUCAUAUCUAGUUAAACUGUCGUGAUGAAUAUUCCAUGACCAAGAUUACAAUUGAUCAAUUAUUGCUUGCUCAAUUUGAAUAUUGCAUAUUAUCGCCGUUCCAUUCCUUUAAAAUCUGUAUCUAUGUUAACUGAUGUUUGUAGUACAAAUAGUGUUUAUCGACAAUUUUGCAAUUUUUUUUAUUUUUCUAAUGAAAAGCAUAUUAUAGAAACUUUCAAUUUCAAGUUGAGGUAACUGCGCCAACAACAUAGCGAUGGCAAUGUGAACUUUUAAGACUGCAUGAAGUAAUUGGUAUGCCUAACAAGUUGAUAUCGUGCAUAACAUAAGGCAGUGA